AUGGGACAGCAAUUUUCGCAUAGAUGGAAACCAUAUAAAUGUCGUAUACAUCAAAAUGGUCCUGAAGUGAUUGAAAUUAUAUAUCCUGAUGAAGAUGUUGAAGAACUUGAAAGAGUAAACGUGGCUGAGGAAGAAAAAUCAGCAAACAUAAAUAAUUUAACCAGGAAUUCUCAUUCAGAAUAUAACGAAACUAAUAGAAUAAAUAAAUAUGAGAACUAUGAUUACAAUGGGAUUGAUAGAAUGAAAGUAAAGGAAAGACAUGACAUGGAAUCAAAAGACGAAAUCCUGAUAGAAGGUACUACUUAUAUGAACAAACAUCUUCGUAAAUCACACUCGUUAUAUAGACAAAUAAGUCCAACUGAUGGUGAUCUUCAAUCUUCCAUGUCAAGUAUUGUGGAUCUAGCAAAAAAAGGAGGCAAUCUUUCAUCACUGAAUAUACAAUCUAGUAGUCUACUAGGCCUGCCCAACAUAACCGAAAUCGAUAAGGGCAUUGAAAGCUCUAAGGAAUCCAGUGGCGCUGAUAAUAUCAUUGAAAAUGACCAAUGGGAUGGAUCUAUCGACAAAUUAUUAUACACUGAACCCAAGAGAACACCUUUAACCUGUGCUAAUAAUAUUGAUUCUUCAUCGAUUGGUAACUUUAUCGGAGUAACAAGUGAUUAUCGUAGGAUGAAUACAGAGGAUUAUGCCAGAAGAGAAUCUGUAAACAAUAUUAUACCAAGUGAUGAACUCACUAGUACAGAUAUAUUAUUACACAAGGAUUACUUGCAUUCAUAUUAUGAUACAAAUGAAAAGCAUUCAUCUAUCACAACUUCAAGAGACCUAAGUAAUGAAUUAACUACAAAUAUGGAGACGACUAUUACAUCAUCAAGAGGAAAAUACAAGUCAAAAUCAUUUCUAUUUAUAAAUCCUACACAGAAAAUUGAUCGUCCAUUGUUCUGUCAUCUGCAAACAUCUUCUCCGCCUCCUCCUCCUCCUAUAUCCCACCCAGAUAUGAAUGACAUGAAAACAGGAGAUUAUAAAGACUGUGGAACAUUACAAUGUUUAAGAAAAUCAAAAAGUUUUAAACAUAUAGCAGGUGAUUCAAUAAGUACAAUGUCAGUGAAUGAUACAUUCACGCCUACGCCUAUAAAUAAAGAAAAUUUAAUAAAAUCAGAACUGCAAACAAUGCAUACAACAUUGAAUACAACAACAAAUUGUUUAAAUGAAUCACUGAUUAAUUCAAAAGACCGGGAUAAUGAUUCAAGACUAAAAAUAGACACUGAUAAUUUAUUUAAUAUUGAAUCAGAUAACCUGUCAUUGUUAUCAGUACAAGAGCCUAUACUUCGAGUAACAGCUUAUUCACCGAAAUGGUUGAAUAGAUGUGCAAGUAAUUUAACACUUUUACGCUUACAACCAAAUAAUACGCAAAGCUUAAAGAAUAAUCUUCACGGUAAUCAAUUUUCUGUUGAUUAUAUUGAAAAUAAAUCACCGUAUGAAGAUAAAAUUAUCCCAGAAUGUUUAAAAUUACUGGAGAGUAGAUAUUUGCUUAAAAUGCAACAAAAGUAA